AUGACGCCCGAAACAAUCGCAUCGCCUCCAAGCGCUGCAAGGAGAGAUGAAAUUUUUGUUCGUCAACGGCACCUUUACACACACACACACACAGAGCGAUACUUCGGGAAUCUGCUAUGUCACGACUGGUAUCGGCUUUCGGGAAAGCAUCCAUCGUUUCGCGUCCUUGUCCCGGGGAUUCCACCUCCCCCCAGACUUUCACUCUGGGACACGCGUUCUGUCUCACGCUCUAACGUGCGUCCAGAGUGCCACCUAGAGCGCCGGUGCGGUCGCAGUACGCAGUCAGAACGGCUUUGCGAUACCCCAGCGGGCACCGGCUCGUCAUGGAACAGACGAAUGGACGUGCGAUGCCCGCUUGCCUGUCGCCAGGUCCGCUGGUGGUCGUGCAGGCGCUGGGGAUGCCAUCAAGCCAGCGCCUCUGGCCAAUCGAUACGCAGCAGCGAAGGGACGCGGAAAAUACGCUCACUGCAGCGGGUACGAACUGGCUCUGCACUCCUGGACUGGGUCUACGUUGCUAUGAACCUUGUUCGGAGCCAGCUUGCCUUACAGCGACUACAAGACGGAAUUGAGUCCGUUCGAUGGAGAUAUACUGUAUUGGAUGCGUUGCGAGUAGAGCCGCGGUUCGUUUCUGCGCUCGUGGCUCGUGAACGGAGCUCCGGAGAGCGUCCUGCGACAACGUCCAGCUCGCGUGACUGCCUCGUGGCGGAGCGUCUUGACGGUAUCGACGUCGGUGCGGCGGUGACCGAGGCAGAGCUGUGGACUCGGGCGGCAGAACGGGCACCAAAACUUGUUGUACGCCUUGUGGAGUUUAUCAAGGUGGGUGCACGGAGCUGCGUGUUUGUGUACGAAACCUACACGCCAGUCGACCGCGACGCCACGCCGACAGACGCUCAGGUAGUUCGGGUUGCUGCCCAGGCUUUUUGCCUAGUACGCCUGUGCGAAACGCUGGGCACAAGUGUCAACGGUAGACUGGACAGGUCCGAACUUAGCUUUCAAGGCAAAGCGCGUGGUUUCGGACCUGGAGUUCUUCUCAGGAGGGAGGCACCGGCAGGCGUCCUCGAAAGCGAAUCGGCUGCAUCCGAAAGCAUAGCCCAGCAGGAUGAAAAACAAGUCGUCUUUCAGCUGGGAUGCCUUAUGGGCGAUCUUUUAGCCGAGGACACGCAGUACUAUUCUCGGCGGUUACUACGCCUGCAAGCUAGUUGUGUUCGAGAAGCACCUGAAGCGCGUCCAACGCUGAAUAUCGUGGAGCGGAAGCUUCGACGUCAGAUUCAGCGCCUGGUGCGAGCACGCUCCGACAGCGGCUCCACCGAGGCACGCGAUGAACCACCGUCUACCCCGGAAAUCAGCGAUGUGACUGCACCGGUGCCGAGCCACGAAGACCUAGAAGAAAUGUUGCACCAAUGGGAGAGCGGCAUGUCUGGUAGCCAGACACCGGGACGGGCGUCGAAGAGCUCGCGGGACUCGGAGUCGACGGUGCCAGCCUCUUGUGCCGCUUACCCCGCUGGACCCAGCGUCGACUCAAAUCCCCUUGGCGGUCAUGUCGAGGCACCCUGGGCCAUGGAGUCGUGCAGUGACCCGACACCGAACGCUGAUCGAGUCGAGCAGCUCAUUCAGCUGGCUUUGGGACGUUCCGAGCAAAGCUUCGGGUUUCCGCACUGCAUUCGAGCGUUGCUGCUCGAGGCGUUCGCUCGACCCGAUCGAGCCGUCAUCGACACCGUGCUCAAAGCGCUUCGUCGGCGAGUCUUGCAGGACGCUCUGAGCGUAUUUUCUCGUUUGCAAGCGCUGUAUAUUAUUCACUUUCUGUUGCUCCGCGGGCCGCGGAGCGUUUACGAUAGCGCCAUAACUUACACGGAUUUUAUUUCUCUUCUUAGGUCCGCUGGUCAGCGUUCCACAAAGACUGCCUUGAAGCAGGUGUCUCCCAGACCAAAAGGGGCAGGCUUUUGGGUCCAGGGUUGCACUGGCGGCUCCCGGGAUGCAACAGGGAUCGUGCACCGAUACCGUGAAAGAGACCCUUAUGGCUGGGUGGUCGGCAGCGCGGUGCACGCAAAAGGCGACCAGCAGGCCGAGCGCUCGGCGAACCGCCGACAGGAGAUGCUUCUCGAGCAAGCCAAUGAGCUAUCGAGGCACUACGGUGCACUUAUCCUGAGCAAACUCGACGCGGUGCGGACCUGGCGAGACCAACGGGGCGCAAACAACGACGAUGCGCGCCACCAGUCGAGACGUUUGGGGAUGGCGUCCUCGUUGUUGCAAAUUUCGAAAUCCGCAGGCAAAUUGGCUGAAGAGCUCCUUACAAACCCCGCUCCAUUACCAUUUCGAGAGCCAGUGAUUGAUGAGCUACUCUUGGAUGUGUUGUGCGGCUUUGCUACCGUGACCUCUAUUUUGGCGCCCCGUUUGAGUGGCGUCGAGCGCGUUCGACUGGAUCACGAGUUCGUCGUGAUUUUUCGAGGACUUGCGCGCCUUUUUGGGCUCGCAAUUCCCUAUUACAUCGAACGGAGCCACGAGGCCUUCCUGCGGAUCGGUCGGAGUCUGUGGGGCCUCUCGCAGAAUUGCUCCCUCGACGAACGAACGAUUUUCAUACAGGCUGCGCGGCGACUUCCGGCGGAGCUGGCUAUCGGCUGUGGCCUUCGCGCUCCAGACACUUAUUCGGCGCUACCAGCGUUGGCGCUGUACGCGUUCCGCGCAUGCUCAUCGUCGAAGUCGGGUAACGUUCGGUCGAUGCAAGUGGAUGCAACGCUGGCUUCCGCCGUGGCAACGACUGCAGAUAUAACAGCCGAUGAUUACCGUGCCGCACAUUGCCGGGCGCGGAGUAAGAGCAUCUGCACUGUGCCAAGUUUCGAGACCAGGCUCGGGAAUCUGCCCCUGAACCCUGAAGCAACACCUGCGAGACUUGGGCGAAAUCUGGAUAUCGACUGGUUGAAUAUCGAGCUCAUUGAGGAACUCGGCCGCGGCAGUUUUGGUACCGUCCAUAAGGCAAGAUACCUGAAUCGCUUGGUGGCAGUGAAAAUCUUCGAAAUGGGGCGCAAGUAUGCACAAGGCGAUCAAUAUCGUAAUUUCUAUGCUGAAGUGCGCACGUUGUGUAGUCUCGAUCACGAGAACAUCCUUCCGUUUAUUGGAGCGGGUAGAGCGCCCGAUCCACCGCGUCUUUUCAUCGUGACGGAGUUCAUGCCCCGCGGAACGCUCUUCGAUCUUUUGCAUCGUCGACGGGAGGCGCUAUCGCCGCUGCGGAAAAAGUGCAUCGCGCUGGACAUUUGCCGGGGGAUGGCGUACCUGCAUGAGCAUGGUCUUUUGCAUCGCGAUCUCAAGUCUUCGAAUUUACUAAUCGAUGGUUCUUAUCGGGUGAAAAUUGGGGAUUUUGGCCUGUCCAAGUCCAUUCGUUAUCUGGCGCUGGACCAGCCAAUGACGGGGAACUGCGGCACUCCCCAGUACAUGGCACCGGAGGUGCUGGCGUCUGCACCCUACGGCACUGCUGCAGACGUGUUCUCAUUCGGAAUUCUGCUCUGGGAGCUACUAGCGGAACAAUUACCGUACCAGGGCUUGGAGCCGAUGCAGGUCAUCACCGCUGUGCUGCAACGCGAUGAACGACCGCCGUUAAAUCCGCGAUGGGAUGUCGAGCUCGUGCGAUUGCUCUGCGAGUGCUGGGAUCGGGAUCCAGCGAAGCGGCCACCAUUUCGAGCAUUGGUUGCGCGACUGCCGCCAGUUCCAUUCCCGGUACCUGCGCUUGCCGACUAG